AUGUCGUCGUCGCCCUAUGCAUGGAAUGACAAACCCAACAACCCUUUUUAUUCACCCUCGUCCUCUUCUUCCCCUCCUCCUCCUCCUAUCCAUACCUCGCUGCAGCCUCCUUCAGUCCCUACCACACCAUCAGCCCCACAGACACCCCGUCCGACGGCUCAGCCAUUGAUUGCUGCAACCUUACCUUAUUCCGAACAAGCACAGGAACAAUCUCAGCAGCAGCACCAACUGCAGGAACAGCAACAGUCUUAUGCGCCACCAAUCCGGAAUAAACCUUGGUCCCGUUCAUCGACACAGCAGCAGCUCACUACCCGAAAUGGCCACCAGUCAAGAGACAACAACCAGAACGUUGACAAUGCCGACAGCACAUACAAUGGAUCCAACACCUUGACCUGGCCCAAACGUUUCAAUAACAUCGCUAUCCACCGAAAGAAAAUGCAUGGGUUCAUCUGGGACUCCCUUGAUAACAGCAUGGAGGAUGUGCAGAUUGCAAGGAAGACGCGCAAGAACGGAACCAUUCGACUGAUCACGAAGCGGAAAGACACCUCGUACAAUGGCAUUCGAUCCACCCUUAGACUUCAAUACGCCGAAAGAAGGAAAAGCAGCGAUAUCAGUAACAUUGUGAGCUCGAUCCGGCUGAGCCUUGAUUAUGAUGUGUACAAGGCUAGGAUGAUGGCGCUUCUCAACUCCAAGGCUAGAACCAUCUUCUUCAUCAUGAUGGAUUUGGUAGUGGAUGUUCUCUUCUGCUUUCUGUACCUCGUGGACGCACAGUCGCUGGUGGAGGAACGCUCACAGAUCAGUUACGAUAAUUUAGCUUACCCGAACCCGCCGUGGCUGUUUGUUCCUCGACACCGGACUGUGUGGAUCAUCGCUGUGGCCAUGAGUUCAUGGAACCUGAUGUCUGCCUUGAUCCGUUUUGUCUUUGCUGACCACAAGCUGAGAUUCAUCUUUUCGUUUCAAACGCUACUGGACGCCGUCACUGCCAUCCCCUUCUUGCUCUCGGGAUUUUUCUUACCCUAUGGACAAUUCCUCUACGUCCCUUAUUUCCUUCGAAGCUGGAGUGUCAUCUCGCGACUGCAACGAGCCCUGAGUAUUGGUGUCGUCAUUGGAAUUUCUGACCGACCGUUCAACCCGGUCAAGGCAAAGCUGAUAGGAUUGGUGGCGUACUUUAUUGCAAUCCUCUACAACGGAGUGGCAGCAUUUCUCUACUGCGAGACCAUGUUCGCACCCCCUACAGAGACACCCCACUCCGUCUGGGACGCGCUCUACUUUAUCCUCAUCACUGCAUCGACCGUCGGAUACGGAGAUAUCACACCCAAAUCGCUCGAAGCCAGGAUCGUCACCAUGGUCUUUAUUAUUGUCGCGCUUUCGAUCGUGCCUGGACUGAUUGCUGGGACGAUGGAGACGUUGAAGUCUUCGCGGUCGGGAGGUGGCUCUUAUAUCCAGAGUCGAGCCGCCAACGGAGUUGUGAGGCAAUAUCUGGUCAUGAUUGGGGAUUUCCAGAGCGCCAAGCGUGUUGCUGAUAUGUUGAGCGGUUUCUUUAACAAGGAAUUCUCGGACAUGGAUGUGAGGGUGGUCUUUUUAUCUCGUAACAAACCAUCGAAAGAUGUAAAGAACCUUCUCGACAUGCCCUCAUACAAAAACAGGACAACAAUGCUUGUAGGCAACGGACUGGACGAGUCGGACCUAAAGAGAUGCCAAGCCAAAGAUGCUGGAGGUGUGUUCAUCAUCCCGGACCGGACGACCUCUGGAUUGGAAUCCCAGGAUACAAUGACCACGCUGCUGGCAUGGUCCCUUCACCUCCACGCACCCAGCACCAGAGUCUAUACGUAUAACCUCUUACCAGAGACGGAGACGUUCCAGUGGGGCUUUGUUGAGCAGACCAUGUGUAUCAGCGAUGUCAAACAACUCUUGCUCGCCUACAGCUGUCGCCACCGCGGGACCACAACCUUGAUCCUCAACUUGCUCCAUCCCUCAGAGCCUUCGAACAACUAUGAUGAUGGGUGGCAGGCUCAAUACGGUGACGGGACAGGAAACGAGAUUUAUGUCGGACCGGUCCCGGAUGUGUUUUGUGGAUGGACGUUUGCGCAGGCCUCGUGGUUUGUCUUUCAGGAGUUCCAGUCGAUUUUGAUUGGAGUUGAUAUCUUCCUGAAGCCCUCGUCGUCUUUUUCGGGGAACGAAUGGGAUGGUCCGCAUUUCCAUGGUGCAGAUGGGACUGGCGGUGCUGCUGGAGGCGGUGGUGGAAGGAACAGUGGUCGGUCUAGGUCGCCCGGGCAUGGGCUGCACGGUUCGAACAAGGAAUGUGCCAGUGGACAGUACCAUCUGACGCUCAACCCUGGGAACAGCUAUCGACUCGGGAAAUACGACCAACUUGUUUAUAUCGCCCAGUCGCCCUCCGAUGUUGAUUCGAUCAACAAGUUUACGGUGGACCAGUAUGAACGACUUGUCAAGGAUGAGAAGGGACACCUGGAUGAAUCGCGGUUGGACUUUGCCUAUGCGAUGGAUAUGUACUACAACCUGCGUGAUUCUCGAGCGGAUGCACGCGAGGCAGCGAAGAGAAGGGCCGAACAUCGGAAAGGCAAACGGGCCAAGCAGGCGGAUGAAACUAUUAAGGUCGCGACGAAUGAUUCCAGCAACAACCACCGCAACCAGAGUCAGGAUUACUUGAUGUCUGUGAAGUGUUCCUCAACAACCACUGCGACCGCUGCUGGGGUUGGACUAGAUUCAACGCAUCCUAGUCACAUCCCGCCAAGCUGUCCCGCGUCCAGUUUCCGAUCAAGGAGUGGAGGGCUCAAGAAAGCGCGACCUGCUUGGAAUGUGGCCCUGUACGACGACGACGACGAUGACGAUGAUGAUGACUCGGUGGUUAGCGACAGCAGUAGUCUUCAGAGGAUGAAGAAUCGACAAAGCAGGCUCAGUCAUCAUAGCAAUCAGAGCCGUAACAGCGAAAGGGACAAGGGGCGUGUUCAGGACCGAGAACAUCUCAUGGGAGCUCUUGCACGAGAGAAGCUCAUUACCGGGAUGGGAGUCUCGGGAACAGGAGAUAUUCCGCUUUCGGAUGCAAAGAAUUGGUCAACAUCGUCGUCGUCGAGUCCUGGGCAGACACAUCGACGGAGCGAAGGAGGUCGGGGUGAUCAAAGCAGUGACGGUACCGGUACUGGUCGUUCGGGACAGUUCUUGACCGCACCUUCUUCAUUAAGCAACGAACUCUAUCCUUCCACCUAUGACCGAAACGCUGCUGCCGCUGCAGCCGAAGAUGCCAGAAAUGGGGGACAAGGCGCUACAAGAAUAACUCGGUUGGAUGAAUCCAUCAGUCCUCUGAACCAAAUAACCGACAACACCAACCAACCGCCAACCAUUCCUCCAGGGACCACCACCAUCCCAACCACAGCAUCAGGGUUCCACCACGACAACUCAAGCGAUAUGGACGAGAAAUACGCCCUCGAAUCCUCUAUGACCUCCUCACCCUCCAACCGCCCUUCGCCUAUACCCUCCAACCGCCCUUCGCCUACACCCCUUUCAGGACGCCUCCCUCCAAGCUUCACUCAACGCGAAUCCAUCCAGGGCUCAUUCCAAACCGUAGACGAACCCACCUACAUCGGCCUGACCUCCGUCACCCGUUCUGAAACAACGGACCUCCCCCUCUGCCACCUCCUAACUAACCCUCCAGAUUCAAUCAAGCCCCUCAUCAAGGACGACCUUUCGAGUCUCAAGAACCAUAUCGUGAUCUGUUCGGACGCCGGCGAGGACUUGUACCGUUUCAUGGCGACGUUGAGGUUGGCCCAAAUCAGUCGCGAGGAUCUGAAAACGAUUGUGGUGUUGACCAGGAACCCCAUGGAUACGUUUACGUCGGAUACUAGUGUUCUGGGAGAGAUGGGCGAAACCUGUGAUGUCGCUGGUGAUAGUUCUGGCACACCCGUCGGUGGUACUAGUCGGGGAGGACCCGGUAUUGCGGAGGGAUCUUAUAAAACGUGCAGCGGCGGCUACUGGGACGCCAUCCUCUCCUUUCCUUGCGUCUACUGGAUCUCCGGCAACUGUCGACACCAACGCGACUUGGUCAGGGCAGGUAUCUUGGGAGCAUCCAGUAUUGUGAUCAUGUCCUAUUCCGUCGAAGGACUGGAUCGCGACGAGUUUGCAGACAGCACGGCCAUCAUGGCCCACCACAUGAUCUACCAGACCCUCCGUCAACGCGGUCUCCUCGGUCGCCAACACAUCGUCGUCGACAUCUCCGAAAGGAGCAACAUCCGCUUCCUCAACAUGCGCACCCAAGCCAACACUUACAACACCUACAACGACACCAAGACAAUCCCAAACAUAGGCCGCAUCGGCGUCGGAUCAAGCAGCAACGGCGGCUUCUGGAUGUCACCCAUCUUUGCCAGCGGCCAAGUCCUCGUCUCCUCCCUCCUCGACAACGUCCUCUUCCAGGCCUAUUCAAAAACCCAUAUCCUGGACCUCAUCAAACUCUGUUGUGGGGUCCGGUUUAAACAGGCCAUUGAAUUGGACCAGAUGUUGGGCAUUGAUUGUUCCAAUAUCUGUCUUAUCGACGCACCCGAUGAGUAUAUCGGAAAAUCGUUUUUGAAGUUGUUCCAAGGACUGGCCUUGUUGUACGGAAUCAUCCCUUUGGGCUUGUACCGUGCCCCAGACCGCGAACUGAACAAUCCCAUGCCGUUCGUCUUUUGCAACCCCUUGCCAGGAAUAAUUGUCAAGGACACCGACAAGAUCUACGUCCUCAAAUCUUAG